AUGGGCUGCGCGUCGUCCAAGCAGUUCAGCAGGAGCGCGCCGGUGCACGAGGAUCCGGCCGUGCUGGCGUCCCAGACUUCAUGUGAGCAUCUCAUGUCAUCUCUCCCCCCUUCUCACACCGGCAACGACGGCGCCGCUGCCGAUUGCGUGACGCUGACUGACCCCGGCUGCUGCGGUUGUUGUGGUUGCUUGUGUGGCAGUCACGGUGAACGGCUGUACAAGCUGUACAAGAAGCUCAGCUUCUCCAUCGUCAAAGACGGGCUCAUCCACAAGGAGGAGUUUCAGCUCGCCUUGUUCAGGAACAGCAACAGAGCGAACCUCUUUGCAGACCGGGUCUUCGAUCUGUUCGAUCUCAAACGGAACGGAGUCAUCGAUUUCGAGGAAUUCGUGCGGUCGCUCAGUGUAUUCCACCCUAAAGCACAUAUAUCGGAGAAGACAGCGUUCGCGUUCAAGCUGUAUGAUCUAAGGGGGACAGGUUACAUCGAGAAAGAAGAGCUCAGAGAGAUGGUCUUGGCACUGCUUGAUGAGUUUGAUCUCUGCCUUUCAGAAAGCACUGUCGAGACGAUUGUCGAUAAUACAUUCAGUCAAGCGGACUCAAAUGGGGACGGCAGGAUAGAUCCUGAAAAAUGGGAGGAAUUUGUGAAGAAGAACCCGGCAACAUUAAGAAACAUGUCUCUCCCCUAUUUGCAGGACAUUACCAUGUCACUUCCGAGCUUCAUAAUGCAUUCAGAAGCCAGUGACUGA